AUGACGGUCCUCAUCCAUCUCAGCCGCCCACUCUACUACGACCAGGUGGACUGCAAUAUUGCUUACAACAGCACUUUCGGAAGCCCUUUCUACCUUGCAGGCAAAUUGAAAAACUCAUUCGGUUCUGGUGGUACCGGCGAAUCGGCAAUCUGUUUGACCUGGGGCACGGUAUACUUCACUGCCGGCGUCGUCAAAGCCCCCAAAAGCACUUUCGUGUCCCCGCAGACCGUCGAGUUUGAUCCUACAACGCUCAGUCACGAUGGGGACAUCUCCGCGGCCAUCGAGCCUUCCAUCUGGACCAGGGAGGCACUGUGGCUCAUGCAGGACGUGAUGCCUGAAAUUGCCGUCUUGAACGCAACUCGGCUGCCGACUUGGGAGAACCUCGACAACUACACGGCGACGCUGAUCCGCCACGCUUACUUCGCUGGUUGGGAAACCUUUCAUGCGUCGUUCGAGUACACUGAUGACGGCCAACUCACCGCGCGGCCCGCUGAAGCGAGGCUAGAGGCAUCCGUGUCGUUUCCAAGACUUUUUGCGUGGUUCGGCGUCACGUUGUUUUUGCCGUUGAGUGGCCUCAUUAUGCUAUACCUACGUUUGAAUUGCAAGCGUAGCAUGAUUGUUGAUACAGCAGCUUUGCUAUUUACCGACGCACGCGAAAUGAUUGAGAAGCACCCCCACCUGACAGAAAUGGCCGUUGUCACUCAGGAGGAUAAAGCUAUGGGCCCGUUAAAACUGCGAAGCAAACCUGGAGUUGAGGUUACUUCGGAGGAGGAUAGAGAUAAGGGCUUGGUAAAACCGGGAAGCAAACCUGGACUUGGGCUUACUUCGGUGGAGGAUACAGAUAAGAGCUUGUUAAAACGGCAACCUGGAUUUAAGCUUACUUUGGAGGACUAG